AUGCGGCGACGGUGUCUGGCGAGCGUCCGGCGCGGCAGUGGGAUGAUGUUUCUCGGCGCAUCCGCAUCGCCGAACAGCGCUGGUAGCGCCGCGGCAGCGGCCGCACGUGGGACGGUGAAGAAGUCGCACUUUGCGUUGCCGUUGAGUAGGCAAGUCCGUCACGGUCUCAGCACAGACUGGCGCGAACAGGUGCAGCGUUCGGGUGGCGCCCUCAACGACAUCUCCCCCGCGCUGCCUGACAGCAACCGCACCGGCGAGCAGCGGCAGCGAGUUGCGGGCUGGCAGCCUGUAGUGAAGCUCCUCGGUGACCAGCGACUUCGGGUGGCAAUUGUUGGCCGCAUGAAUAGCGGCAAGUCGUCUCUGUUUAAUUUGCUGAGCGAGGACCCGACGAUGCCGAAGCGCAAGAACAUUGUUCGCGACUUUGACGGCAUCACGCGGGACUCGGUGGAGGGCCACGCCCAGUUGGAGGGGAUGCAUUUCACCGUCAUCGACACCCCUGGCAUGGUGAACGGCAGGCUAGUGGAGGAGGCCUUUCGCACCGUGGAGACCGCCGACGUCGCCAUUUUCGUCACCGCGGUGGAUGAGGAUCUGCACCCGGCCGAGUUUGACCUCAUUCAGUAUCUGCACCUCAAGCUCAUGCCAACCUUCGUGCUGGUGAACAAGAUGGACCUCGUCGCGUUGGAGGAGGAGGACCGCGUCCUCGAGCGCUACAAUGAACUUGGGUUGGGCAAUGCCAUUCCGUUCUCUGCACGGCGCAAAUCGGGUAUGGAGAUGCUUGCGGCUGUGCUGGAGCCCUUGUACCACAUCCACGCGAUGCAGAAGGUGGAGAAUGACUGGGACAUUGAGGAUCUCGCCAUGCAGGGAGACGAGUCUGCCAUGGAGGAGAUACGUGACCGCAACUGCGCAGAUCGCUUUAUUCGUAUUGCGCUGGUGGGGAGAACAAAUAGCGGCAAGUCGAGUCUAAUCAACCGUUUAGUGGGCUUUGAGCGUAAUCGUGCCGUAGAUGAGAAGAAUUCCACCCGUGACCCAGUGGAGCUGCCAUGCAUCUACAAGGGACGUAAGGUGAAGCUUAUUGACACUGCUGGUCUGACCCGGCACCGGUUCCGUGCCGACCGCGAGUUCCUUGGCCGCAUUCACGAGCUCGCAGUUAAUGAGAUUCGCUACGCGCAUGUGGUGAUUGUCGUGUUUGACGCCACGGAGGGGCACCCUAACAAGUACGACAUGGCUGUCUUGCACUCCGUCGCCGCAGAGGGGCGACCGUUUUUGCUCUGUGCCAAUAAGUGGGAUGCCGUGCUGGAUCAGAGCGCGACGGCGGAGGCGAUUGACUUUAAAAUCAAGCGACAGGUACGGGAGGUAAAGUACAGCAACGCCGUCGUUGUCUCCGCCCACACAGGGCUAAAUCUUGCCUUACUCAUGGACCAGGCAUUGUCCCUUUAUGACACGUGGAACAAGCGGGUGCGGCGUGCGGAGCUGACACGUCUCUGGCGCAAGAUGGAGAAGUCUGUGAUUAUUCCCUACCACGUCGCCCGUGUGGGGCGCAUCACACAGGUAAAUACGCGUCCGCCGACGUUUCUGCUUCAGCUCCAGACAAAGAACGAUGAAAACACGCUGCCAAAGGCGCUCCAAGAAAUGAUGAAAAACACGCUUGUGGAGGAAUUCGACUUUCGCGGCGUUCCCGUCCGGCUUAUUCAAGACGUGAAGGACUCCAACCCCGACUACAUUUAG